AUGCGAAAGAAAAAAGUUUCGAACGACGAAGUCGUCUUCCAAAAGUCGACCUCGAUUCGUCCUCUAGUCCUGCUGUCCGGGCCGCUCGCGCAGCUGUACUCCCACAAGAGCGUGGGCCUGGUCGCGAGUGUGACGAUGGUCCUCGGCCUCGCCCUCUCCUCCCUCGUCGAUCGGGGAUGGCAGCUCUUCUUCACCUACAGCGUCCUCUGCGGCUUGCCGAUCGGCUUGCUGAACGGGGUCAGCUUCCUCCUGGUGAAUCGGUAUUUCAAGAAGCGGCGAGGGAUGGCGAACGCCAUCUACACCGCCGGGGGACCCGCGGCCCGCCUCGUCCUCCCGUUCGUCCAGCAUUCCACGAUCGAGCGAUACGGAAUCCGCGGUUCGACCCUGCUCUUCGCCGGGAUCUCCGCUCACACCAUCUGCUGCUCCCAGCUCUUCUCCCCCGUCGAGCGCGCGAAACGCCCAGGCCCCCACGCCCGCCAGCUGAAGCGCACGGACACCAGCACCAGCAACCUCAGCGUCCACCCGCAGAGCCUCGGCGAGGCGCUCCACCGCGUCUACGCCCUCCUCGAGUUCCGCCUCCUCGCCGAUCCCCUCUACCUCAACGUCCUCUUCACGGAAUGCGCCUACUGGACCGCUUACUUCAACUUCGGCUAUCUCGUCCCCAUCAGCGUCCAAGACGCCGGACUGGAACAGUCGGAGGCCGCCAUCCUCCUCACGGUCCUCCCGACCCUGGACCUCGUGGCAAGGCUCGUGGCCCCUUCCCUCACCGACAAGUGGGUGGCGCCCCAGAAGGCAUACUUGGGCGGGAUGUUCUUGCUCUUCGUCGCCAUCACAGUUUUCCCUCUGAUGACAAGUUUCAACGGGAUGAUCGCGUGCGUGGCGGUGGCCGGGAUCGGCUGCGGAUGCUUCGUGGGCAACUCCGGCCUCGUCCUGGUCGACUACUUCGGGCUGGAGAAGCUGUCCUCGUCCUCGGAUGUUUAUCCAUCCAAGCUGGCUGAAGCGGGGGACCGGGAGCUACACCUGGAGUUACUUCACGCUCUCGGGUCUGCUGGGGAUCUCGCUGUGCGCUUGGGGGCUCCAGCCGCUCCUGCGGUGGCGGCGGCGGAGGGAGGGCGGGAGCCAAGCCGAGCCCUCGCUCGUUACGAGAUCCCCUCGUCACGAGGUCGCGUCGUUACGAGAGAGACGUGGGAAAUGAACUGCGGGAGCGCGAGUGCGGCGUUCGUGGGCGUGACCUGCGGCGUGUGCUGGGCGGCGCGUCGGGCGUGCGACGCCGGGGUCCGCAGUCCCUUCCUGCGGCUGCUGCUCAACGAAUUCAUCGCCACCUUCGAGCUUUGCUCGUGCUGUUACGAGUUGUCGACCGUGGCCGACGUGUACGGCGCCUGGCCGUACGGCGUGGGGCUGUUCCUCUUGGUCCUAUGGUGGACGAGGGAGUGGGGGGAUGCCACGGCGUGUCCGUACUUUCACUUCGCGGAUUACCUGAAGGGGAAGGCGAGGGCGAGGGAUGCGGCCGUGAAGGUCGGGGUGCAGCUGCUGGCGGGGUGGACGGUGUUUAGGUACGUGUGGAGGUUCUGGAAUUUGGAGCUGAGCCCGGAGCACUUCGCGAAAGCUCGCGAGGAGAUUUGCACGGCGGAUUUGCAGGUCGGCGUGUGGACGGGGACGGCGAUCGAGGCGACGGGGACCCUCGCCUGCUGCCUCCUCUCCCUCCUCCUCCACGAACACGAGCCGCGAUUCGCGUCCGCCAUCGAGUCCUUCAUCUCCACCUUGCUCGUCUGCCUCGCGCUGAACUACUCUGGCGGCUACUACAACCCAGUCCUGGCGACCUCCCUCAAGCUCGGCUGCGAAGGUCACACGAUCGCGGAGCACGUCCUCGUCUAUUGGGUCGGGGCGACGGCGGGGUGCCUCGCGGCGUUCUUCGUCUUCGACAGUCCCGUCAUGGCCGGCUUCAAGGUCGGGGCGGGGAGGGAUAAGGCAGAGUGAUUCCGUCGUGGACGGCUGCUGGAUUAAGCACAGAAAGGAUGGUGAUUCCGCCCAGCAAGGAUGAAGCUCAUCGCAUCAUCCAUCGCACACGCGUGACGGGAAAGAGUCGAGGCUGGCCGGAUUCUACGGUGGACUUUGCGCCGACAACCGUCGGCGGACGAAGCGGGAAGAGUGCGACUGGCGGCCGUCUCUGCCGAGUGCCAUCUUAACGUUUAUUGUUGCCAUUCGAUUGUGUACCGUAAAUAACUAUGCGUGCGAUAGAUUACGACUCUCGUGUUAUCGUCCAGCUUUUAAAAAUUCCUUCGGGGUUCUCUACCGCAAUCACGGUCAAUUUUCUGUCGUUGCUUUCUUUCGUUUCGGUGCGCUUGGGGACUCUCGCAGGAGUUGCGACAGGGCAAAAGAUAAAUUGUUUUCAUUUUUUUUAAAUUCUAUUUCGUAUAUCUGGCACGUGCAUCGGAUUCUCCGCCGACCUGGGCAAGGAACCAGAGAAGCAAGUCAGAAAUGGAUUAAUUUUUUUUUUUCUA